AUGGGCAGCCGCUGGAACAGCAGCGACGGCCCCGAGAGCGCGCGGGAGCAGCCAUGGGCCGCGCUGCCGCCUUGCGACGAGCGUCGCUGCUCGCCCUUUCCCCUGGGGGCGCUGGUGCCGGUGACCGCCGUGUGCCUGGGCCUGUUCGCCGUCGGGGUGAGCGGCAACGUGGUGACCGUGCUGCUCAUCGGGCGCUACCGGGACAUGCGGACCACCACCAACUUGUACCUGGGCAGCAUGGCAGUGUCCGACCUACUCAUCCUGCUCGGGUUGCCCUUCGACCUGUACCGCCUCUGGCGCUCGCGGCCCUGGGUGUUCGGGUCGCUGCUCUGCCGCCUGUCGCUCUACGUGGGCGAGGGCUGCACCUACGCCACGCUGCUGCACAUGACGGCGCUCAGCGUCGAGCGCUACCUGGCCAUCUGUCGCCCGCUCCGCGCCCGCGUCCUGGUCACCCGGCGCCGCGUCCGCGCGCUCAUCGCUGUGCUCUGGGCGGUGGCACUGCUCUCUGCCGGGCCCUUCUUGUUCCUGGUGGGCGUCGAGCAGGACCCCGACAUCUCCGUGGUCCCGGGCCUCAAUGGCACCGCGUGGCUCGCUCCCUCGCCUCCCGCCUCGUCGCCGCCCCUCUGGCUCUCGCGGGCGCCACCGCAGUCCCCGCCGUCGGGGCCCGAGACCGCAGAGGCCGCGGCGCUGUUCAGCCGCGAAUGCCGGCCGAGCCCCGCGCAGCUGGGUGCGCUGCGUGUCAUGCUGUGGGUCACCACCGCCUACUUCUUCCUGCCCUUUCUGUGCCUCAGCAUCCUCUACGGGCUCAUCGGGCGCGAGCUGUGGAGCAGCCGGCGGCCGCUGCGAGGCCCGGCCGCCUCGGGGCGGGAGAGAGGCCACCGGCAGACCGUCCGCGUCCUGCUGGUGGUGGUUCUGGCAUUCGUAGUUUGCUGGUUGCCAUUCCACGUUGGCAGAAUCAUUUACAUAAACACCGAAGAUUUGCGGAUGAUGUACUUCUCUCAGUACUUUAACAUCGUCGCUCUGCAACUUUUCUAUCUGAGCGCAUCUAUCAACCCAAUCCUCUACAACCUCAUUUCAAAGAAGUACAGAGCGGCGGCCUGUAAACUGCUGCUGGCAAGGAAGUCCAGGCCGACAGGCUUACACAGAAGCAGGGACACUGCGGGGGAAGUUGCAGGGGACACUGGAGGAGACACAGCAGGCUACACCGAGACAAGCGCUAACAUGAAAACAACGGGGUAACCAGCAUGGCCAAGCCAGGCUCCUCUCGCAGUUCUAAGACUUUGGGGAAAACAGGUGUGUAGAGAAAUAAAGACUGAAAGUAAGGAACAGAUCCUGUUAAGAAGAAUGGAAAGAGGGUGGCAGUUGUGCCAGUUGGUUAAGAAAUAGACCGCAUGAUUUAUUUAACCAAGGUAUGAAAUGUAACUGUGCCAACCUUUCUAGUUUCCUUCCCAAGUACCUCCUAAGGGAUGUCUAUUUUACCAUCACGAAAUCCCACAUCUCACAGUGUGCUCUGUGUGAUGGUUUCAUGAAGUCCUCAUUCUCCUACUCUUCGGAAGGAUGUUUGUUCAUUUUACAGUUAAGUGAUACAUAGAGAUGCUGGCCCCAAAACUGCCACCUCUGAGAUCAUGAGUGUAUUUUAUGUUUUGGAUGUAAAUAUAACAGUACAUCUACAAGGAACCAGGAUAAUGACAGUUUGGAUCCAAGAAAUGAUUUAAUACCUAUGUAUGGCUGCAAAAACUUUUAGAAGUAAAAGGAAUUCUAGGUAGACUCCAGUGUUUGGGGUCCCACCUCUUCAGAUCACAGCAAAUCAUAAAGUGUAGGCACAAUAAAACCCUCUUUCAGAAGUAUUAAGCAACUGUAUUGCAACCCACUUCUCCUUAACACUGCCCACGGGACCUUCCCAGUGCCACUGGCCAUGGGGUGGCAAACUUUGGGCAUCAACAUUUGAGAGUAGAGAGCUCAGCAGGACAUGGCUUUCUCUGGUGACUACAAAUGACAUUUGUAAAGAGCUAUUUAAUAUGCUUUA